AUGGCGUCAGCAUUGGCGGGGGAUGAUCUGGCUCGAUCGAUCAGCAGUGGCCGAAGUUGGGCAUCGGGGAGUUUCAGGGAUGUGUGGACGCCGCCGCCGGAUGCUUUUAGCAGGAGUGAUCGGCACACGCAGGAGGAUGACGAGGAGGACCUCAAGUGGGCCGCCGUGGAGCGCUUGCCGACGUUUGAGCGGCUAAGAAAAGGCAUUCUGAAGCAAGUGCUCGAUAAUGGGAACGUUGUGCAUGAUGAAGUUGAUAUUACCCAGCUUGGCAUGCAGGAGAAGAAGCUUAUCAUGGAAAACAUACUAAAGUUGAUUGAUGAAGAUCAUGAGGCAUUCCUUCGCAGGCUACGAGACAGAAUUGAUAGGGUUGGGAUUGAAACUCCGAAAAUUGAAGUACGGUACGAGGAUUUGUCCGUGGAGGGAGAUGUUCACGUUGGAAGCAGGGCACUUCCAACCCUGCUCAAUGCUACUCUGAACACUAUAGAGAGUAUCCUGGGAGUUGUUCAUCUUGCCCCGUCCGAGAAGAGAAAAAUUCAGAUUCUGAAAGAUGUCAGCGGAAUAGUCAGACCUUCAAGGAUGACCCUGCUUCGACCCCCCGGCGCAGGCAAAACAACAUUGCUGCUAGCACUUGCAGGGAAACUUGACCGAGAUUUGAAGUCUUCUGGGCGUAUCACUUACUGUGGUCAUGAGCUAAAUGAAUUUGUUCCUCGAAAAACCUCUGCAUAUAUUAGUCAGCAAGAUCUUCACUAUGGAGAAAUGACAGUUAGAGAAACAUUGGAUUUUUCUGGACGCUGUUUAGGUGUGGGCACCAGGUAUGAAAUGUUGGCAGAGCUUUCAAGACGAGAUAAAGAGGGAAUUAAGCCCGACCCUGAUAUUGAUGCAUUCAUGAAGGCCAUUUCAAUGUCAGGCCAAAAAACUAGUUUGGUCACAGACUGUGUUAUCAAGAUUCUUGGAUUGGAUAUCUGUGCUGAUAUCAUGGUCGGAGAUGAGAUGAGACGGGGAAUAUCGGGGGGACAGAAGAAGCGAGUGACGACAGGGGAGAUGUUGGUGGGACCGGCAAAGGCACUCUUUAUGGAUGAAAUAUCAACAGGGUUGGACAGUUCCACCACUUUUCAAAUCUGCAAGUUCAUGAGGCAAAUGGUGCAUAUCAUGGAUAUAACCAUGACAAUUUCUCUCUUACAACCAGCACCAGAGACAUUUGAUCUCUUCGAUGACAUUAUCCUUCUGUCGGAAGGUGAAAUCGUCUACCAAGGUCCACGCCGGAAUGUCCUACAAUUUUUCGAAUACAUGGGUUUCAAAUGUCCAGAAAGGAAAGGAGUUGCUGAUUUUCUGCAAGAAGUCACGUCCAAGAAAGACCAGCAACAAUAUUGGUUUAAAAAGAACGAACCUUACAGAUACAUUUCUGUCCCUGAAUUUGCUCAAUCCUUCACUUCCUUCCACAUAGGACAGCAGCUUGCAGCUGAGCUUCGGGUUCCUUAUGACAAGUCUAAAGCCCACCCGACAGCAUUAGUGACAGAAAAGUAUGGUCUAUCUAAUUGGGAACUGUUUAAGGCAUGCUUUUCCAGAGAAUGGUUGCUUAUGAAACGAAGUUCUUUCGUUUACAUAUUCAAGACGACACAAAUAACGAUUAUGUCUGUCAUUGCCUUCACUGUGUUUCUUAGGACAGAAAUGCAAGUGGGCACCAUUCAAGGAGGACAAAAGUUCUCUGGAGCAUUGUUUUUCAGUCUAAUAAAUGUAAUGUUUAAUGGGAUGGCAGAACUUGCCAUGACUGUUUUCAGGCUUCCUGUAUUCUACAAGCAAAGGGAUUUCUUGUUCUAUCCUGCUUGGGCAUUUGGGUUACCUAUCUCGGUUCUCAGGAUCCCUCUCUCCGCUUUGGAAUCGGGAAUAUGGAUUAUCCUUACGUACUAUACAAUUGGAUUCGCUCCUGAGGCUAGUAGAUUUUUUCGCCAGUUCUUGGCAUUCUUCAGCAUUCAUCAGAUGGCUCUUUCGCUAUUCCGGUUCAUUGCUGCAGUUGGAAGAACACAAGUUGUUGCCAAUACACUGGGUACCUUCACCUUGUUAAUAGUUUUUGUGCUGGGAGGUUUCAUUGUUUCCAAAAAUGACAUAGAACCAUGGAUGAUAUGGGGAUAUUACGUAUCCCCUAUGAUGUAUGGUCAAAAUGCUCUUGCCAUAAACGAGUUUCUUGAUAAGAGAUGGAGCAAGCCAAAUACAGACCUCAGAUUUGACGCACCGACAAUUGGAAAAGUACUUCUUCAAUCUAGAGGCUUCUUCACAAACGAUUAUUGGUUUUGGAUAUGCGUUUGUGCCUUAUUUGGGUUUUCUCUUCUCUUCAACCUUCUCUUUAUUUGGGCAUUGGCUUACUUAAAUCCUUUGGGAGAUUCAAAAGCAGUCAUCUUGGAUGAAGCUGACGAGAAGGAUAAAAAGUCAGCCGCCGAACGACAUAUCACAGAAGGUCUGAGACUUUGUAUUGCGAGAAAUUCUUCAGGAAUUGACAAUGUUUUGGGUCAAGGACCAAAAAGAGGAAUGGUUCUUCCUUUUCAGGCCCUUUCACUUGCAUUCAAUCACGUGAACUACUACGUGGAUAUGCCUGCAGAAAUGAAGAGUCGAGGAAUUCAAGAGCAUAGACUUCAACUCUUACGAGAUGUCAGUGGCUCUUUCAAGCCAGGCAUAUUAACAGCACUUGUUGGUGUUAGCGGUGCUGGGAAGACAACACUCAUGGAUGUGUUAGCUGGAAGAAAAACUGGUGGGCAUAUUGAAGGAAGUAUCAGCAUCUCAGGUUAUCCAAAGAACCAAGCAACAUUUGCUCGAGUUAGCGGCUAUUGUGAACAAAAUGACAUUCAUUCUCCAUAUGUUACUGUCUAUGAGUCUGUAUUAUAUUCGGCAUGGCUUCGUCUUCCUUCAAGUGUAACAAUGGAAAGAAGAAAGAUGUUUAUUGAAGAAAUUAUGGAAUUGGUUGAGCUUAAUCCAAUAAGAGACGCUCUAGUGGGUCUCCCAGGAGUGGAUGGUUUGUCAACAGAGCAAAGGAAAAGGCUGACUAUUGCUGUAGAACUGGUUGCUAACCCUUCAAUCAUUUUCAUGGACGAGCCAACUUCUGGCCUUGAUGCUAGAGCUGCUGCAAUUGUAAUGCGGACAGUAAGAAAUACAGUGGAUACGGGGAGAACUGUAGUGUGUACAAUUCACCAGCCAAGCAUAGACAUUUUUGAAACCUUUGAUGAGUUAAUUCUAAUGAAAAGAGGUGGACAAGUGAUUUAUGGUGGACCUCUUGGUCAUCACUCACAUAAGCUUAUAGAGUAUUUUGAAGCUAUCCCUGGGGUUCCUAAAAUUAAGGAUGGUUAUAAUCCAGCCACAUGGAUGCUUGAGAUCAGCACCCCUGCAAUUGAGUCACGACAAAAUAUAGAUUUUGCGGAUAUUUAUGCUAACUCCUCCCUUUACCAGAGGAAUCAAGAACUUAUCAAGGAGCUUAGUACUCCAGCACCAGGUUCCAAGGACUUGUAUUUCGAAACCAACUCCCAAUCGUUUUUGGUCCAGUGUAAAGCUUGCUUUUGGAAACAGCGUUGGUCUUACUGGAGAAAUCCACAGUACAAUGCGGUUCGAUUUUUCAUGACAACUGUGAUUGGAGUUCUAUUUGGUCUUAUCUUCUGGGGUAAAGGCAAUAAAACGCACAAACAACAAGAUUUAAUGAAUCUUUUGGGGGCCAUGUACUCUGCCGUGCUUUUCCUUGGAGGCACAAACGCUUCCGCAGUGCAGCCUAUUGUCGCCAUUGAGAGAACUGUCUUCUAUCGUGAAAGAGCAGCUGGGAUGUAUUCCGCAUUACCUUAUGCAUUUAGUCAGGUGGCGAUAGAGGCAGUUUAUAAUGCAAUUCAAACAGCCAUUUAUACACUCCUGCUUUACUCCAUGAUCGGGUUCGAAUGGGAGGCAAGCAAAUUCUUUUGGUUCUUCUACUUCAUACUCAUGUGUUUCCUCUAUUUCACCUUGUAUGGGAUGAUGAUCGUGGCGCUAACUCCGGGACACCAAAUUGCUGCCAUUUGCAUGUCCUUCUUCCUCAACUUCUGGAACUUGUUCUCUGGCUUUCUUGUUCCUAGGACUCAAAUCCCUAUUUGGUGGAGAUGGUACUACUGGGCUUCUCCGGUUGCAUGGACCCUCUACGGCCUAAUUACCUCCCAAGUAGGGGACAAAAAUGCAGAAUUGGAAAUUCCAGGAGCUGGAAGCAUGGGAUUGAAGCAAUUCCUAAAAGAAAGCUUCGGCUAUGACUAUGACUUCCUUCCAGUAGUUGCAGCCGCUCACCUUGGUUGGGUUCUUCUCUUCUUGUUCGUGUUUGCCUAUGGCAUCAAGUUCCUUAACUAUCAAAGAAGAUAG